CAUCAUUCGUCCGAAAGUCAUCAGUCGUCUGAAAGUGAUGAGUCAUCGGACGCUAGUGAUUACGAGCCAGUGCACCCGGAUUGGUUGGCUCCGAUAGUAAAUUCAAACUUAACAAAACAACAACAAGAAGAUGAAAUGCUAAAAAUAGCUAAGGAGCACGGUGGUGAAAUAGAGGUAUCAUUGAUAAUUUCCUGA